AUGGCCCUGGAGCAGGCUCUGCAGGCGUCGCGACAGGGAGAACUGGACGUGCUGAGGUCCCUGCACGUCUCCGGCCUGCUGGGGCUUUCACUGCGCGACCCGCUGGACGCUCUGCCGGUGCACCAUGCGGCCCGCGCCGGCAAGCUGCACUGUCUGCGUUUCCUGGUGGAGGAGGCGGGCCUGCCCUCAACCGCCCGCGCUCGCAACGGUGCCACGCCUGCCCACGACGCCGCCGCCACUGGCCACCUCACCUGCCUGCAGUGGCUGCUCUUGAAGGGCGGCUGCAGAGCGCAGGACAAAGACAAUUCUGGUGCCACGGUUCUGCAUCUGGCUGCCCGCUUCGGCCACCCUGAGGUGGUGAACUGGCUUCUGCGUCAUGGCAAUGGGGACCCCACCAUCGCCACAGACAUGGGUGCCCUGCCUCUCCACUAUGCCGCCGCCAAAGGAGACUUCCCCUCCCUGAGGGUUCUCAUCAGCCACUACCCUGAGGGAGUGAAUGCUCAAACCAAGAACGGUGCCACGCCCCUGUACCUGGCGUGCCAAGAGGGCCACCUGGAGGUGACGCAGUACCUGGUGCAGGAGUGCGGCGCGGACCCGCACGCGCGCGCCCACGAUGGCAUGACCCCGCUGCACGCAGCCGCACAGAUGGGUCACAGCUCAGUCAUCGCGUGGCUGGUGAGCGCCACCGACGUGAGCCUGUCUGAGCAGGACAAAGACGGCGCCACGGCUAUGCACUUCGCGGCGAGCCGCGGCCACACCAAAGUGCUCAGCUGGCUCCUGCUGCACGGCGGCGAGAUCUCCACAGACCUGUGGGGCGGGACCCCGCUGCACGACGCCGCCGAGAACGGGGAGCUGGAGUGCUGCCAGAUCCUGGUAGUGAACGGUGCGGAGCUGGACGUCCGCGACCGCGACGGGUACACGGCCGCCGACCUGUCAGACUUCAACGGCCAUGGCCAUUGCAACCGCUACCUGCGCACCGUGGAAAACUUGAGCGUGGAGCACCGUGUGCUGUCUCGGGAUCCCUCUGCUGAGCUGGAGGCCAAGCAGCCGGACUCAGGCAUGUCCUCACCCAACACUACCAUGUCAGUCCAGCCACCAAACUUUGACCUCAGCUCACCCACCAGCACCCUCUCCAACUAUGAUUCCUGCUCGUCCAGCCACUCGAGCAUCAAGGACCAGCGCCUUCCACAUGGGCUUCCUGGCACAAGAGCUGCAGACAUACAGAGCUACAUGGACAUGUUGAACCCCGAGCUGAGCCUGCCUCGGGAAAAGAUGGGGAGACCUACACCACCACCACCACCACCACCCAGCUUCCCUCCGCCACCGCCUCCUCCAGGCACCCAACUGCCCCCACCCCCUCCAGGCUACCCAGCUCCCAAGCCCCCCGUGGGGAUACAUGCAGCUAAUAUCUACAUGCAGACCAAGAACAAACUCCGCCAUGUAGACACCGAAACCCCCAAGAAGGAGGUAGUGAGUCCUCAGCCCCUGCCUGCCUCCCAGCAGUGGAACUGGGCUGACUGGGGGCAGCCAAGCUCCUGUGAAAGCCACAACGGCCUGCGGAGGCAGGAUUCCGGCCGCAAGCCCCGCACCUUCAGCAAGCAGCCCAGCACGGGGGACUACUACCGCCAGCUGGGCCGCUGUCGCAAGGACCCGCUGGCCGGACGCCCGGGCAUGGCACACAGCGAGGAAGUGCGUGCCGGCCAGCCCGCACCCGCCGGUCGCCCUGGACCCGGCGCCGUCGCCCGCUGCUCAGUUGCUGGCCCCUCCGCUCCCCCGCAGGCGGCUCUGCUCCCCGGGAACCAUGUGCAUAACGGCUGCCCAGCGGACUCCAAGGCGUCCAAGGAGCUGCCGCCGCCCCCGCCGCCGCCGCCGCCGCCCCUGCCCGAGGCCCUGAGCUCGCCGCCGCCCGCCCCGCCUCUGCCCUUCGAGGGCGCUGGCUGCGGGCAGCGCCGCUCCUCUUCGUCCACCGGCAGCACCAAGUCUUUCAACAUGAUGUCCCCGACUGGUGACAACUCCGAGCUACUGGCUGAGAUCAAGGCAGGCAAGAGCCUGAAGCCCACGCCCCAGAGCAAGGGGCUAACCACAGUGUUCUCAGGCAGUGGGCAGCCAGCCUCCCAGCCUGACUUGCAGCCGCCACCAAGACCACCCUCACCAUCACAGGCCCGGAGCCCCACUCCGCCGGCUGCGGGGCUCCAGCCACUGCUCAAUGGCAGCUUGGCACCGCCGCCCCCCGCCACCCCUGCGCCAGGAGUGCAGCUGGACUUGGAGACGCUCAUCCCCACACACGAUGAGCAGGGCCGGCCCAUCCCGGAGUGGAAGCGCCAGGUGAUGGUGCGAAAGCUGCAGGUGAAGAUGCAGGAGGAAGAGGAGCAGAGGCGGAAGGAAGAAGAGGAGGAGGCCCGGCUGGCCAACAUGCCUGCCUGGAGGCGAGACAUCUUAAGGAAGAAGCUGGAAGAGGAGAGGGAGCAGAAGCGGAAAGAGGAGGCGAGGCAGAAGCAGGAAGAAUUGCGGCGGGAGAAAGAGCAGUCGGAGAAGCUGCGGACACUGGGCUACGAUGAGACCAAACUGGCGCCCUGGCAGCGACAGGUCAUCCUGAAGAAGGGGGACAUCGCUAAGUACUAG